AUGACGACCGCGACCAAGGUUUACCGCUGCCGGGCUCUUCACGGCUACGCGGUGAAAGCGUCGCCGUUCCUCCCGCGCAGACUGGCGUGCGCCGCCUCUCAGCACUACGGCAUAGCAGGUAGCGGCUCACUCUUGGUGCUGGAAGACGCGCCUGACGGCGUCCACCUUGUUAGAAGAUGGGAGUGGAGCGACGGCGUGUUCGACUUGUCCUGGAGCGAAAUCGACGAGAAUGUGCUGGUGGCGGCCGGCGGCGACGGCACUCUGCAACUGUGGGACAUGCGACGGCCCGACGCCGCCCCCUUGCGGGUCAACAAGGAACACACACAAGAGGUGUACUCGGUGGACUGGAGCCAGACCAGAGGCGAGGACGCCAUAGUAUCGGGUUCCUGGGACCGCACGGCCAAAGUGUGGGACCCCUUUCUCGGCCGAUCCUUAUGCACGCUCGUGGGUCACCAAGGGGUCAUCUACAGCACAGUUUGGUCCCCUCACAUCCCGGCGUGCUUCGCUUCAACCUCAGGUGACGGGACGCUCCGUGUUUGGGACACCAAGGCCGGCGCCUGUCGAUCGGUCGUCCCGGCCCACCGUGCCGAAGUCCUGAGCUGCGAUUGGUGCAAAUACGAUCAGAAUAUCCUAGCGACGGGCUCGGUGGACGGCACCGUUUGCGUUUGGGAUUUGAGGAACCCCAGACAGCCCGUCAAUCAACUGAGAGGCCACGCCUACGCGGUCCGACGGGUGAAGUUUUCUCCGUUCAGCAGCGACAUCUUGGCUUCCUGCUCGUACGACUUAACUGUCAGGUUUUGGGAGCGCAAGAGGAACCUUCCUUUACUGGAGACAGUGACGCAUCACUCGGAAUUUGUGUGCGGCUUGGACUUCAACCUGCACGUGCCCGGCCAGGUAUUGGACUGUUCGUGGGACGAGACGGUGAAGAUCUACACGCCAUCUUGUUUGUCCGCCCGUGACGUGGAGGGGUCGCGGCCGACCUGA